AUGAAUGUUCUUGCACUUGGUGCUGGCCAAGAGAUAGGUAGAUCAUGCAUAGUAGUCAACAUUAAUAAUAAAACAAUAAUGUUUGACUGUGGUAUGCACAUGGGCUACAGCGACUCGAGGAAAUUUCCAGACUUCCAAGCUCUUAGCAAAACCGGAAAUUUUGACAAAAUCGUAGAUUGCAUUCUAAUCUCCCACUUUCAUCUGGACCACUGUGGUGCUUUGCCCUAUUUUACUGAAGUUCUAGGCUACAAGGGGCCAAUAUACAUGACAUAUCCUACAAAGGCUGUUCUGCCCAUCUUGCUGGAGGAUUGUCAAAAGAUACUCUCAAUGAAGAGCCACGACUCCAACAUCUACUCGUUUGAAGACAUCAAAAAGUGCAUGGAGAAAAUUGUUCCGAUAAAUAUGAAUGAGACGGUUGAGGUUUCAAAAGGUUUCACAAUUACAGCAUACUAUGCCGGACAUGUGAUUGGUGCAGCCAUGUUUUACGUAAAAGUGGGCGACCAGAGUGUUGUGUACACUGGAGAUUACAGCACCACAGCAGAUCAACACCUUGGGACGGCAUGGAUUGACACACUUAGACCCGAUCUGAUGAUUACCGAAUCUACAUAUGGAAGUGUCAUAAGAGAUUGUAGAAAGGCAAAGGAGAGAGAGUUUUUACAAUCUAUUCACAACUGCAUUGAAAGAGGAGGCAAGACAUUAAUACCUAUUUUCGCUCUUGGGAGAGCACAGGAGAUCUGUCUAAUUGUUGAGUCUUAUUGGGAAAGGAUGGGGUUGGAGAUACCCGUGUAUUUUGCGGGCGGGAUGACUGAAAAGGCAAAUGAAAUAUACAAAAGAUUUAUUAAUUACACAAAUGAAAGUGUCAGAGAAAAAAUUUUAGAAAAAAAUGUGUUUGAAUUUAGCCAUAUAAAACCAUAUCGUAAAGGAAGUGAGCUACAAGGCCCUUGUGUAAUAUUUUCAUCCCCCGGGAUGUUGCAUUCUGGAACUUCGCUAAGGAUUUUCAAAAAUAUUUGCUCAGAUCCUCGCAAUUUGGUUAUUUUGCCUGGAUACUGUGUCAGAGGCACGCUUGGAGACAGAGUUUUGAAUGGAUCGAGGAAAGAGAGGAUUGAAAACGAAGAGAGGGCAAUUAACUUGGAGGUGAAGAAUAUUGCGUUCAGUGCACAUGCGGACACAUGCGGGAUAAUGAAGAUCAUAGACCAAUGUAGGCCUAAAAGCCUAAUGCUGGUGCAUGGUGAAAAGGCAAGGAUGAAAGUACUACAGAAAAACAUCAGGAAUGAAUUUCACAUUCCUGUUUAUAUGCCGCCCAACGGCGUAGUGCUGAGCAUCUCUACUAAUGACACGGUCAAGAUAUAUCUUGAUAAGCAUGUACUUAGAAAAUACAUUGAUCCAGCCAAAAGUAGCCAGCCAAUCAACCUGAUUGUUGAUAUUGAGAAGAGAGAUGGCCAAUUGUGGGCAACCAGUGUCGAUAAGUACAUUAUAGAUAGCUACUCCACUGCCCAAGUAGAUACCUCAGAUAAAAAUAUGACUGAAGACAAAGUUCAAUGA